GACGAAUUGACGAAACUGGGUGGUCCAUAUCGAAAGAAGCCGGGUUUCGCACAACGAGACAUGGACACUCCAUCCGGGAACAAGGCGCUGCGCAACCGCACAGUAGCGUCGCGUGAGAAAGCGCAAGUCGCCACGAUCAAGGCCGACCCCAAGCCGAAGAAGAUGAAGGUCGAGACGAAGCCGAAGAAGAUCAAGGUCGAGGCCACGACGAAGAAGAUCAAGGUCGAGACGAAGCCGAAGAAGACGAUAAGUGACGUCAAGACCAGCCGCGACGACCCGACCGAACUCGAGACGGACAAGACGGGCAAUACCUUCCCACUCGAGAUGGAGAUAGUUGCUGAUAUGCCGAAACGUAAAAACAACGUGUCGGUGACCGCGGGUGCCAAAGGCCAACAAGAGGCCGCCGUCGAUUUGUUCAACUCGUUUCUUCGCAACACGAAUCAGUCGUGGCACGGAGUCAAGGAGACGUGGAAGAAGAUGAAAAUUGCCGAAAACAACGGCGAUGAGCGCCCGAAGCCGGAUGUUUACGACGUGCUUGAAGAAUUCGUCAAGUUCAUGUACAACUACAACGCACCGAAAGCACGGAACUCGAUCGGCUGCUUGUCGAGUCAAACGGCUGACAACUACCUCUCUCAGGCCAAGGCCACUUUUAUCCAGAAUCUGGGCGACCUCGACGCCACUCGCUGCAAGACGAUUCGUGCAUCUAUGAAGAAGAUCUUUGUCGAACGCGAAGUUCAAGUCGGCAUCUACAAGAAACAAGCACCUUGUAUGACCGUCCAAGAUAUGGAGGUGCUCGGGAAAAUGUUACACGCCCAAGGCGGCUUCGAAGAUAUCGAGUUUGCCUCGCUGCUCGUGAUGUCGUGGCACAUGUUGGGUCGUGCCAUUGACUCGACCUGGCUACAGCGGUCGCAGAUUCAACUAAUGAGCGAGAGCGAUCUCUUCGUCACGUUCGCGCGCCUUAAGACCGCAUCUCUUCAAGCCCACGCCGCCGUCCGGCGGCGUGGGCUCGAGCGUGGUCCAAUCACGUAGAAAAAGCGACACACGACCAGUACGUCGAGGAUAACAUCUUCAUGUACGAUGUGACGUUCGUGCCGGUGCACGUUCACCCUGUGCAUUGGUACCUUAUUGUUAUCGAUGCCGCUCAGCGCCGGAUUGUCGUCUAUGACAUGUACCCGAAGGACUUACAAGACCCCAAGGAAGCCAAGUGUCUCUUGGAGCAUCGCGACGUUGCUCAUGCAUGCAACACCGUCCAGGCGGCAAGCGACUCCAAGCACAUGAAACGAUCACGCCCACCGCCACGUCAAGGGUUGACAUCCGGCGAUAUUCACGACUUGAGCGCGUUGAUCGAACCGGACGCAGCCCCCGAGCCUUGUCACGCCGAGGGCCCCAAGACGCCCAAGAAUCUGGCAUCGUUGCCCACCUCCCACCGGAGACGUUCAAGCGCCAUCUCACGGGACCGCAAAGAAGCUGCAAAAGCUGCGGCGCCUCUUCUCAGCUUCUCCACUCACCCGGAUCUGCGUCAAAGCACCAACGACAAGACACCUUCCAACGAAUGCAAUUGGCGCGUACUAGUAUAUUACCAGCAAACUCAGCAGAAGAACGGCGUGGACUGUGGUGUAUAUGUGUGCGCGAUCGCUGAAGCCGUGUUGCGCGAUCAGUCCCUCAAGAAGCUGGACGACGUUGCGACCGAACGAUAUAGGAGUCGCAUGUAACGUUAUCGUCUUUUAUGGCAGGGCCUGAUAACCACGGAAUUUGACGCGUGGCAUAAACGUUAAACCAAGCUCAUUGAAUAUAUGUUUAUCUGUCUCC